CGGGAUUUCGAUCAAAUCAAAUUGUAAAAUCCAAAACAUGUAAAAUGGCUUCCGAUUUAACAUUCGCUUUAUAAUCGGAAUUAAAUGAGUUAGAAGUGUGCCGAUUUAAAUGCUUUGAAUUAAAUCGCUGGAAAAUCGCGAUCGGGCCGUCGAGUGAUCGCGAAACAUAUGCGCGAAUGCGGAUGGUUUUUCUUUAACGGAACCCUUCAAUUAAGGGGUUUUUAAUUAGAAUCAAUAAAGAAACUAUGGUCUUUCGAAGGAAGCGAGUCUAGCUGGUAGGAAGAUUACGCGAAGAAUCGCUCAUCGAAUGCAAAACGAGCGGCAGUAAAUGUGCGAUAAUACACCAUAACCUCGAAUAAAAUGUAAACAAUAUUUCCGCGAUACACGCUGGUACUGUACGAUGAGGCAUCUGGAGAAGAAACUUACAAUGGACUCGUCGGACUCUCACGCUCUACACAACCUCGACGUUCUGCCGGACAUUAAACUGGAAUUCUCCAAAUUCGAGCUCGACGAUAAUCUCAUAAAAACCAACUUCCUAAGCGAUGAAGACAGCUCGAGCGAGGCCAACUUGGUGUUCGAUCUCAACAAUGAAAGCGACAGCUCGGAGGAGCUGGACGCUCUCAGCAAAACGGUGCGGAAAAACCGAAGGAAAGCCUCGGCUCCCCAACGAGCGGUGCAAAUCGAAAACUGCCAAUCCGGCUCUAUGGAGAACAGUUCCGAGUCCUCCCAGGACAACACCGACAACCUAACCUUCACCAACAUCCAGAAUUUAAGCUUGAAAUUGAAGGAAGAUUCCCUGCUGGAUUUCGCAGAAACCGACGAGCUCUGCGACGAUUUACUGCAGAAUAUCACCGAGGAGGACAUUUUCAAGGAUCUACAAGAGGAAGCUGGUGGUGAAACUAUCGAUGAUGAAAUGAUAGUUAACGCGAAGGAAGAAUGGCGGGUCCAUUGGGGCGUGAAAUGCAACAUGUGCGAACAGGUCUUCCCGUUCAAAACCGAAUUCGACAAACACUACAUAUCGAACUACAAACUGAUACCGGUCUACACGUGCACGUUUUGCAACAAAUCCGCCGAGAAGUAUUCGACUUUUCGAUCGCAUUGUUACCGUCACAUCACCGAGGGUCGUUACAAGUGCCAAUAUUGCCCGAAAGGCUUCAGCCUGCAGUCGAUGUUGCACGUGCACAUUUUGGCGAAGCACACCAAAGUGAAGCCGUACAAAUGCGAAGAGUGCGGCAAGAGUUUCGUGACCAAACCCGGGCUGAAGAUACACAUCAAGAAGCACAAGACUGAGACCAAGGAGGAUUAUCCGUGCGUCGAGUGCGGGAAAGUGUUGCACACCAGAGGCGGCUUGACGUCCCACAUGAACGUCCACAGGCUGGGCCGACGGUUCAUGUGCGACGUGUGCGGGAAAACCUUCACGCAAAAGGUCAACAUGCAGCAGCACGUCAAACAGCACACCGGAGACAAGCCGCACUGUUGCAAUAAAUGCGGUAAAACAUUCGCCGAGAAAUCGCACUUGGUCAGACACUACAGUUUUCACAGCAACAUCAGACCGUUCAAAUGCGACGUAUGCCAAAAAAUGUACAAGACCGAGAGGUGCCUGAAGGUGCACAGUUUAGUCCACGCGGCCGCCAGGCCGUUUGUGUGCGGCUACUGCAGCAAGGGAUUCUUGAGCAGCACGAAACUUAAACAACAUUACAAUAUACACACGGGGGAGCGACCGUACAAAUGCAAAUAUUGUGAACGGACGUUCACGAACUACCCGAAUUGGUUGAAGCACACGCGCAGGAGGCACAAGGUGGACCAUAAGACGGGCGAAGAGCUGCCGCCGAAGGAGGGGGCGCCGAAGGAGGAGCCGCCUCAAACCCCCUCGUCGGCUGUCGGUAACGCUUUACCGGGCGCUUCCACCGAAACCGUGGAAUUGAAUUUAACGGAUGCUGCUGUGGAACCACAGCAGGAUUUGGCUGAGAAUUUGCUUUCGGUGGUGACACCGCAGAUUAUUCCGAUUACAUCAGUGGAUAAUCCGGGCGACAUGGGGCCGGUUAUAUCGGACGCGAGUUUCAACAGGGCCGAAGAGAUGUUGCUGCAGCAGGGUUUGUUCAAUUUCCCUCUACUAGACGAUAAAGUGUUGUUCGGACAACCGAUAGACUUCCUCAAUACGAAUUCCAAUGCUUCCGUGGGUCUGUUGGUGCCGUACUUCCAAGCGCCCUUGUCGAAUCAUCAAACGAUACUGCAGCAUACGACUCAGGCGAUUCUGCCCGUCCAGUUGAACGAUCCGAGUAUUUAUCAAUAAGUUAAGUAGCGUAAAUUUUCUGGAUUAUCUUUAGUACUGUCAGUAUUAGCUUUAAUAACGGUUAAAGUCGGAUAAGGAUAAGGUGAUUAGAAUUUGUUGUUUGCGGCUCUCGAGUUGUGUGAAGUAUUUGUAAUUUCUUAGUCACCUUAAGUUCGGUACUGUUUUUUACCCGUAGUAUGUAUGUGUUACAGAGAUAAAUGUUCAAAUAUGGGGGUUUAAAGAUGGCCAUUUGCACCGUUUUGGCAGGGAAUUUUUGCCCGUCAGGGUUGCUGUAAUGUUUUUUUUUUCACGAAAAAAUUUGUCAAGUAAUUUAAAAAUAACGAAUUAGGUGCAAGGUGCAAUAAAAUCAAACAAAUGGUACAAUUAUUUAUUACGCCCGGUGCACAUAUACCAUCUCUGAUGAAUUUUAAACUCUGCGAGUGAAGUGUUUUUUAAUGUAUAUUAUAUUUUUGUAACUCUCAGACCAAUCAUACAAAAAAAUGAGUCAAUUGAUGUUUUGUAUAUAGAUAACGUGGUUUGUUCCCUUUGUACAUACGCGUAUAUUUGUAAUGUGAAUCCAUAAAAUUUUUUCAUUAAACA